ACCUAAUAGAAAAGACAAAAGUGUUUUGUACUAAAUGCCCUUAGGCAAUCUUAGUUAGGCCUUUCUCUUUCCAUGUUUCCAUCCAACUCACAAAUAUAUAUAUACGCGCACACACACUUAUUAGCCCCGUAUCUCAAUUCUCGUGGCACAGGAGAAACCAUGAUGGAUACAAGGAAAGCUCGAGCCGCCGUCGUUCCUCUUAUAUGGAUGGUGAUGAGUCUUCUAGUUAACGGGAAAAAUAUCGCUCCGACGGGUUUUCAUGAUCGGCAAAUGCGGGAAAUGGAAUCCCUAAGAGCCUCCUUGAUCCAACGCAAUCUUCCCGCCCUGGUUUCUCCUCCUCCCACUCCUCCUCAGGCGAUAUCAAGUCCAAUAGUGUACCGUGUGACGUCGUACGGCGCAGACCCAACGGGGAAAUCGGAUAGCACAGAUGCGAUCUUAAAAGCGAUGGAAGACGCAUUCAAUGGUCCGAACCAUGGACUGUUAAUGGAGGGUAUCAACAAUCUUGGUAAUGCAAAGAUUGAUCUUGAAGGUGGAAGCUAUUUGAUUAGCCGUCCUCUUCGGUUCCCCACCUCCGGCGCCGGAAAUCUCAUGAUCGCCGGAGGAACCCUUCGAGCUUCGGAAGAUUUCCCGGCGGACGGAUACUUGAUCGAUCUCUCCGACAAAUCAUCGAAACGUCAAUACAUAUUCGAAUUCAUAACCCUAAAAGACAUGCUCUUGGACUGCAACUACCGCGGCGGAGGAAUCGCCGUCGUGAAUUCUCUCCGGACAAGCAUCGACAACUGUUACGUCACCCACUUCGGCGACACCAACGGAAUCUUUGUCCAAAAAGGACACGAAACGUACAUCCGUAACUCCUUCCUCGGCCAACACGUCACUGCCGGCGGCGACAAGGGCGAGAGAAACUUCUCAGGCGUCGCAAUCAAUCUCAUGGGUAACGACAACUCCGUCACGGACACCGUUAUAUUCUCGGCGAGGAUAGGGAUAAUGUUAUCCGGACAGGCAAACAUCCUCUCCGGUGUCCACUGUUAUAACAAAGCCACCGGUUUUGGUGGAACCGGGGUUUACUUGAAAUUACCCGGUUUAACCCAGACCCGGAUUGUGAAUUCGUACAUGGAUUAUACCGGUAUUGUCGCGGAGGACCCGGUUCAGCUUCAGAUUUCGGGGACAUUUUUCCUCGGCGAUGCGUUUAUACUGUUGAAGUCGAUAAACGGCGUCGUUCGAGGGGUUAACAUUGUGGAUAACAUGUUUUCCGGGUCGGGUAAUGGGGUCCAGAUUGUGCAAUUGGAUCAGACCAAGAAGGCGUUUGAGAGCGUUGACCAGGUGGUCGUUGACCGGAACAGUGUGAACGGCAUGGCGAUGAAAUCGACGGCUGCGAAGGCAUCGGUGGAUGGGAACGGGACGUUUUGGACCGUUGAUUUCAACCCGGUUCUGCUGUUCCCCAACCUAAUCAAGCACGUGCAGUAUUCGGUGGUGGCGCGUGAUCCACACGCUUUCCCGGUACACGCGCUGAGGAACGUGUCGGAGAAUCGUGUGGUGGUCCAGACGAAAUCUCCGGUGACUGCGAGUGUUUAUGUGACGGUCGAUCAAGGAGUCUCUAGCUUUGGUAAUUAAAUUUUACUUUUUGUUUUUAAAUAUGGUAACGGUCAAAUCUUCUUUCAUGUAUUUUGUAAUUUCCAAUAACGGGGAAAUUAUUUUUACGGUGGGGGAGAAAACAACUCGGAGACCAAGUGAAGAGUUGGUGUCAGACAUUGACUAUCGUGUCGGGGAAAAAGGUUUACAUAUAAAUAUGUAAUUUUUAGCA